AUCAGCUGGGCGAAGCAAUAACAGCAGGAAAAUCAUCUGCAGAAAAACAUCAACUUGGCGGAUACAAACUGCAGAUAUUCUAGUAAAGUUUAACGUUUACACGGAACACUUCUUCUAAGAAGAAACGCCGUUGUAUUUUUUUUUUUUUUAUCGUGGGGCACUUACUACCUCUCCUAAAGCUAUGCUUUAAGAUUUAUUUAGUCCUUUUUACUGUGUUUCGUCCACACGUUUAGCUACAACUUUUUUUUUAUUUUUUAUUUUUUUAACAAAGGCAGGCCUUUGUAGUAAAAGAAAGACCAUAAGUUUGCACUUUGACAGUUGGACAACUCUUCCAGGACUCCUCGGAGACUUGACGAGCAUCCAGUCCAACACACCGUGCCACUCAACAGCCUCAGAAGACCAACAAAAACCAGUGACUGUAAAUACGUUAUUGCAUUUUUUUCUCUAAGAAAAAUUCCACGGCAGCUCACGCUCAGGACGCCUUCGGAUUCUGCCCUUUGACCUCAGCGUCAGCAAUGUUCCAGCGCCUAAGUAACCUGUUGUUUGGUGAGGUGGAGGUCGUCUCCGCUGACCUUAACGGGCCCAAGCCCUGCGUCACUGAGGCUGAUGAGGAAGGAUGGCUCCUAGUAAAUCUACCUGGUAAAGACUGUACCAUGCUGGGUGAGGGCGGGGCAGGGGCACCAGCUAUAGCACAGUCGCUUCCCCACAGUGAAUUCCAGAGGGCGGAGUCAGAAUGUGACGCAUUCAAUCCCUCUCGGACACACGGCCCCGCCCCUUCCCGGUGCAGGAGCCGCAGGACUAGAGUGGGCAGGGCCUUGGCGGCCCGCCCUCCUUCCCCUUCCCCCAGCUCCGCCCCUUGCCUUGGCUCUCCCUCCCCUCACGUCUCGGAAGCAGUGAAUGCGCUGUCCGGCCCCGCCCGCUGCAUGCGGGGCUCCGCCCCUGUGUCUCCGGGCUCCCGCGGCUGUAUGGACGAGAGCUGGUUUAUCACGCCUCCCCCCUGUUUCACUGCAGAGGGCGCUCCGGCCCAGGCUAGCCCCAUGGAGGACCUCCUCAUCGAGCACCCCAGCAUGUCCGUCUAUGUCGCCUCUGGAAACCUGUCGGUGGUGGAACAGAGUGCAGCCAGCUUGGCUGGCAGCGUGAGCACGAUGUCUGAAUCAGCACUGCCCCCUGUGGCCAGGAGCAGCAAGCCCACCAGGAUGGCCCGCGGAGCUGCCCACCAAGCGCUCGCCAAGGUGACGCAGGCGUCCCGCGUGCAGAGAGCCAAAGCCCGCGUGGAGCGCCGUCCCCUGGGACGCCACCGUAUGCAGAGACAAAACCACGUUUGCCAGCAAAUCCCGCGCCACUCCGCACACACCCGGAAUGCCUUCCUGCACCAGCCGUGCCAGCGAGGUCUCUGCCAUUAACGAGCGCCAGCCUCACACUGGGGGCAUUACACCAUCCUCCUCCCAGACACCCCGUGGUCUCUCCACGCCACCCACCGUGUCUCUCCUCUUCUUACCUUCUCAUGUUCCUCUGUUUAGAUGGUGAAGUAGCUUAGCCCACAAUAUUACUGUUUCACAUAAUUUAGGAGUUUUAGUUUAAGCACUCAAAACCAUUCAUUAAGGUCUCAUCUCUCUCUCUCUCUCUCUCUCCCAAUCAUGCCACACACAUCUGAUCACCAAGGACCUUUUUAGCUUUUCCAGUUAGUGAAUGUUGCUCCAUCAUAAACAGUAGCAGGUCUGUGGUAUCUUUCUCAUGUUGUUUAUGCUCAGUUCCUGGCCAGGACCAUCUGGCCUGGUGAGGCCCUCUAGUGGUGAGAGAACGUCUAAGCCUAACACCAAAUCCACCUGAAGUGUGUGCGUGUGUGUGUAGAAACGCAUAUAUAUAUAAAACAGUAUAGUUUUAACACUUCUGGAUCAACUCAGGUGCAUGUUUUAACUUCUAACACUGAGAAGUGGGCACGUUUUCUCAACACACUGAAUGGAAGAGAGAGAUAGAAUGUAAAAGGACUUUAGUAUUGGGAAAGCAGGCACGGAGGCAGAAUUAGAGAGGAUAUACUUCAGUAACAUAUCCGAACCUGAGCAUUUACACACUUGCCGCUUGACUAAAGACUGAAACUGUAUAUUAGCUUGGCUCUUUUGUUUCGUGUUCUUUUAAGACGGCUUUGGGUGGAAUAUUUCCCUUAAGACACUGUUCCAACAAAAGGCCCCAAAACAUUUCACAUUGUGCUACUCUGAAAACAUUUGUACUAAAAAGGCUUUUGGUUGAGACAGAGUAUUGUUAUGACACAGUGAAACAGUGAUAGUACACUUUAAUGAGUGUACUGAGAAAACAGAGACAUUAUCUGCUCCAGGGACAGUCAGAGGUUGCUAUGGGUUACAGGGUGUGGUGGUACAUAUGUGCAGGAUGGUUAAUGGACAGCGACUCUAAGAUGUUUUGUUGUGUUGUAUUUUGGGAUUUGUUCCAUCCUCGGACCGCUGCUGUCACUGUCGAGCAGGUCAUAGCCUCCUCUCACCACUAGAGGGCCUCACCUGUGCAAAACACAAAAAAAACCAACGACAAAAAAAGCAAAAAGUAAAAUUCACAAAAAUCACUGUGAUCACUCAAGGAGGAGCUGGAGGAGAAAGGUUACUUCUUUUCUAGCUUGUCGAGCAACACUGGAGCGCCAUCGCAUUGCAGCUCCAUCUCCAUUGCAGAGCCAGUUGUCACCGGGCUGACAUCCAUGUUAAAGAUCCAUGCAGUCAGACGCCAGAGUAAGAGUACUCCAGAAAACCUUAGUGCGCGCGUGUACUUUAGUGUUAGCAGGGAAGAUGCCCACCUCUGCCCACACACACACACACACACACACAUAUACACACAUACACACGUGUCCUUAGUGCGCGCGUGUACUUUAGUGUUAGCAGGGAAGAUGCCCACCUCUGCCCACACACACACACGUGUCCUUAGUGCGCGCGUGUACUUUAGUGUUAGCAGGGAAGAUGCCCACCUCUGACAGCUGGAAACCUCUGCCCACACACGUGUACACACACACACACACGUGUCCUCAUACACAGUCUGGUGUGCUCUGCACACACACGCAUGUCCUCGUGCACAGUCUGGUGUGCUACACACACGCGCGUGCCUGCUGUCCUUCCUGGCUCAGUGUUCUCCACAUCGCGCUUCCGCCUCAGUGUCAUCCUCACAGGUUCUAUUUAACUCUGGUGCUGAAGGUAUAUGAACAUAUACUGUACUACUGUCUGUAUAUUGUUGAGACUUGGAUGUACGUUUGCACUGUCUUACAUUUUAUGGUAAAUCAGUUUUUAGCUGUGUGCAA